AUGAUAUCACCAGCCCACGACCCAACUUUGCGAAUCUUAAGACUUGCACGCAGCUCAAUCGGCACUUUGCCUGUGACGCUUAACGUUGAGGAUGAGAGAAUACGCGACAACAUGACUUUACACAAUCAACUCGAGGACAUCUCGUUCGACUUGACCACGGAACGAGAAUUUUACAGAUAUCUCCCACACGGCCAAGCUUCGUUUCCCUUCGCGCCCUUUGACGAGUCUAGUCGAAAGAAUUUCGUUCCGACACCAUCGCGCGAUCAUGUUUUGACAUCACUCGCCCAAUUGGGCGCCAUGCGGCUCGGCGCGGAGCGCGCAAUCAUCUCGCUAUUCGGACCCACGCAUCAGUACAUCCUGACCGAAGCCACGGGAUCGCCAACGGGCGACGACAUGCGACUAGGAUGUUCCGUUCUGCCAAUAGGGAGUGGCGUGUGCAUCGAGGUUGCCAAAUUGCCCCUCAGAGAGCCAUCGGAUGACCCGUCAAUAAGGGAGGGAGCACUGGUCAUACCGGACGCGCAGACGAGCCCGUACGUCAAGGAGCACAGUUUGGUCAACAGUCUUCUCAAGGCACGGUCUUGCGUCGUGGUGCCCAUAGUGACUCCCCGGGGGAGCACGAUAGGAUCAUUUGGCAUAUUUGAGACGCAGCCGCGUCAAACCGAAAUGGAUCAAUCGUCGAUCGCCUUUAUGAAGCACAUGGCGGCGACGGUAAUGGACCACUUGGAUACCUUACAGUCCAAAUACCAGAAUAACCAAGCGAAGCGCAUGAUUUCUGGUCUGGGCAGCUUUAUGCAAGGCAAGACCACGCUCCGUGAUUCCUGGCUGGAGUCGGAGGAGCAGGCGGCGACCACCGAGCGCACGGGGGAGACGGUUGAGGGACAGUUGAAUCGACACGAGCAGAAUCUUCAGGAAAUACGCAGUCAGACAAGACAGCUUGCGCAUCGUCCGAAGAAGCAGGUGGCAAGUUCCAAAGACGACGAAUCCACCGACCAUCACAAAAAGAGGGAAUCAACCCAAUCCUCGGUGAACGGCAACAAACUCCUGGACGACGGUAGUUCGGCUGCGCUCCGGCGUAUCUUCUUCCGGGCCGCGAAUUUGAUUCGGGAGUCGAUCGAAGUGGAGGGAGUCGUCUUCCUCGACGCGAGAAUCGAGUCUUUUGGAGGUCUGGUCGGGUACGAAGCUACGGGCGAGAGGACAGGGUCGACGAGUGAAGAUAGCACCGAUUCGGGCAGCGGCGACUCUGCGUCCGUGCCUAUAUCCCACCCAACAUUUCAAAAUUUUGAGGACGAUACCAAAACCUGCCGGAUUCUAGGCUCUUCGACCACUCGGCCUUCGACCAGAAAUGAUUGCAACGAUUGUCCGAUACAAAACGACUACGCCGUGCGAGAGAUUGUGCUCAAGGCAAUGAUGAAUCGCUACCCGCGUGGGAAGAUUUUCAACUACACGCAGGAUGGCUCCUUAUCUGAUGACAGUAGCGCCAGCUCCGGGACACAGGGAAAGGAAGUUAGUGGUAAAAGGCGACGGCAAAAGCAGGAUGCAGACGAGCUGAAUAAAGCACUCGGAGGAGCGCGUAGUAUCGUCUUUCUUCCUCUUUGGGAGCCGCACAAGUCUAGAUGGCUCUCUGGGGCCCUUGUCUGGACUAAUACACCGAAACGUGUUUUUGCGUCCGAGAACGAACUCGCCUAUCUCCGCGCCUUUGGCAAUAGUGUCAUGGCAGAGGUCCAUAGGCUGGAUGUGGAGGUGGCAGAACAGGAAAAUACCAACCUUGUCACCAGCAUAUCGCACGAAUUGCGAAGUCCGCUGCACGGAAUUCUUGGCACCGCAGACAUUCUGAGUGACACUGCGAUGAACGCGCUACAGCAGGGCAUGGUCCAUACCAUCGAGUCCUGUGGCCGAACGUUACUCGACACGAUCAACCAUUUGCUUGACUUGACUUAUGUGGACAAGUUCAAGCAAGACCCUAAAUUGAAGAAAAAGCACCGUCGCGGUACCGUCUCGGAAUCCUCAGCUCCAGAGCGGGCGACACCCGAGCGUAACUGGCCACGCGGCAUUGAGAGCGCGUCCGAGGAAGUCCAGCUAGACUCUGUGCUCGAGGAAGUCGUGGAGAGUGUUUUUGCCGGCCACAGCUUUUACCAUCACCCUCGCGUCCAGCAUCGAAAUGCUAAUGCAGAAGCGUCGCAGGCGACCGAACAGCCGAAGCAAGUGACCAUCAUCUUUGAUAUCCAGGAGGCCGCCGAAUGGAAAUUCUUCACACAGGCCGGAUGCUGGCGCCGCAUCUUAAUGAACGUCUUCAGCAAUGCACUAAAGUACACCACGCAAGGCUUUAUUUACCUGCGGCUGACGGUCACCAAAAUUUCCCAACCGGAGAGCAAAGACUCCGACACGUCAACAGACCCCAGUGACCAAUAUCUGGUCACUCUCAGUGUCAAAGACACCGGGCAGGGCAUCAGCAGCAACUUCCUACAAAACGGGCUGUUCACUGCGUUCUCGCAAGAAGACGCACUCGCGCCUGGGAGCGGACUCGGACUGAGCAUUGUGCAAAAAGCACUUCAUUCGCUGAACGGUUCGAUCGAAGUCAAAUCCGAGAAGAAUCGCGGUACCGAAAUAUCCAUCCAGGUGCCGCUCAAACCGGUCCUGGCGUCAGACACGUCCGAUGGGUCAUCUUCGAAUGCGGCGUACAGCCUUGUCCGGGAAGAAGCGAACGGAAAAUCCGUCGGCUUACUGGGAUUCGGUUCUUCCGUCGCAUCAGAUCGGGAUGCCUCGCUGUAUAAUGCGUUGAAGAGUGUGUGCGAGGACUGGUUCCAUCUCACCGUCAAACCAGUCUCUCUGGACGGCGACCGCACUCCUUGUGACUUCUACCUCAUGGUUCACACUAAUCUGGACGGAGCAGAUGCUGCAGGAAAUCAGCCUUUCAACAUCAACGACCUAGAGGGUAUAUCACCACUCAUUGUUAUUUGCCAAUCUCCACAGACUGCACACAACAUGUUCGCUCGCACAAUGACCCUGAGGCGCGACCGGGGCGCUAUUAUUGAGUUCAUCAGCCAGCCCUGCGGGCCGCGCAAGCUAGCGAAAACAUUGGAGCUGUGUAUUCGCCAACUCCAUGGAGAAGGUACACAACGAGAAGAAGAGACUCGCUGGGUCGAAAUGCCCGAAUCCUCGCGUCUGCCACUGGAUAUCGACACGAGAGACGCGCCAGGGGAAAGGAUGAAGAUUAGCAAACGACCUACCACGGAUACAUUUGAAAGUCAGGAAGGGGGAGACUUUGGCAACUCCAAUGGAGGCCCACCCUCGGAACAAACACAAUUGGAACAAAAUUCCCCUACAAAGGAGGAGAGCGCUACGGAGCAUAACAAACCCUGUGCACUCCUCGUCGAGGAUAACCCUGUGAAUCUUCAGAUUCUCACGACCUACGUGACAAAGGAAGGCUGGAGUUAUGAGACUGCGAACAACGGAUUAGAAGCAGUUGAGCAAUUCCGCUCGAACCCGGGCAAGUUCGUCCUCGUCAUCAUAGAUAUCUCAAUGCCGGUCAUGAACGGCUUUGAAGCCAGCCGCACGAUCCGCCAAUUCGAGCGAACCCAUUAUGACAAGAACCCCUCUGAAACGCCACCAUGGUACCCUACGGCAAUCAUCGCGUUGACCGGCCUGGACAGUCCGGCCGCGCAGCAAGAGGCCUUUGCGUCUGGGAUAGACACGUUUCUCACCAAGCCGAUCAAGCGCCAUGCAAUACGAGCUCUGCUGGAGCGGUAUAAGCCGUGA